AUGGUUGCAGCAAGAUUCGCUUGGCUUUUAUACUGGCUCGGUUACAGUCAGAUCAAAAUUCUGAUCGGGAGAACUCAUAUUCCAUUUGAAAUGUCUCCAUCUGGAUCGAUCCGUCUACCAACAUAUUCCCGAAGACCACAGGCUGUGAUAACUUGUGACGAAUUAAUUAGCCAAUUCUCCUGUUCAACAACGAAAUUUAUUGACGUACGGACAUAUCGAGAAUAUUCCGGAGAAAUUACCGAUUAUUCAUACAUCAAAACGGCUGGACGUAUUCCACAUUUUGAGUUCGAUCUACUCGAUGGAAUUUAUGGAGAAAUCGAUGGCAAUUUAACGUGGCAAGAAUUGCAAGAGUAUCUCGAAUUGAUGCGACAAAGGUGUCCAAACUAUCGACAACACAAACGAUUGAUCUACAUGUGUGGAACCGGUUGGCGAGCAAGUUUGGCCGUUCUCUUUGCUGAUGAAUUAAAUCUCGCUGAAACUCUCACUGUUCUCGAUUCCGGUUGGUAUGAAUGGUCAGAACGUUUUCGGAACUCGAGUGGUGCUCCUCCAUGA